AUGGUGACCAGAGAAGAACGAGACAGAAGACAAGCCACAGGACGCGAACGUGGAGACACAUGGAAACUCAUAUCUGUCUGUAAAAGUCACAAGCUCCUGCCCAAGUCUCCCUCUGGCCGCUGCCCCCACCCUUGCCAGCCCGCCAGCCCGCCCGCACUGAGAAUAACCAGGGAUGUGGACUUCUCUGUUGCCUCUGCUUCCUUGACCUAUCUGGGUUCCUUUUCCAAUGACUUGUCCACUUUUAUUACUACCGAAGAGCAUGAAUGGGUCUAUCAGGCUGCUCAGGCUCGCAGGGAUGAAAUCUACCUAACAGGGAUUUACUUUGUGGCCCAGCCGCUGGCCGGACGAAGCCUAGCUGGGAGCCGGCUCACUUGGGAGCGAGUCCGCUUUUUCUCUGGGGAAGGUGAAGUCUGCAGCCAGUCGGCGCCCCGAGCCAUGCUGAGAAGCGGCGCCACGCACCUGCGCACUCUCCGGAGCGGGAGCGUAGAGGUGUGGAGGUCAUUUUCUUCUGAGAAAGUUACUCAUAAGGACCAUGCUGUUCCCAACCCCAGCUGGAGCAAGGACCUACGAUUCCUUUUUGACCAGUUUAUGAAGAAAUGUGAAGAUGGCUCCUGGAAACGUUUGUCUUCAUAUAGAAAACUUCCUCCUGAACACCUUAAAGACUUCCAAACCCAAUUUAUAGACCCAAGUUAUAGCAAAGAAGAAUAUAUGUUAAAGAGCCAACUCUUCACCAGGAGCUUUGAGGAUGGCAUGGGCUUUGAAUAUGUGGUCUUCUGUAAUGAUGUUGAAAAAAAGACUGUUUGCCUUUUUCAAGGAGGUCCUUUCCUGCAAGGAGUACCUGGAUUCCUUCACGGAGGUGCCACUGCAUCCAUCAUUGAUGUUGCUCUUGGUAAAUGUGCAGCUAGAGCUGGGGGAAUUGUCAUGACUGCCAAUCUUAACAUCAAUUAUAAAAGGUCUACAGUGUAG